AUGGGCGUUGCAGAUAAUUUGAACAUCCAAGUCGCCGCUAACGAUGCUGGCGCCCGGGAUGCGACGACCAUCGGUCAAUCUUCAGGGUCUGAUGGCGGCAUUACGCCCGUGGAGAGCGAGCCAAAGGAUUACAUCGAUCCCAAGGAGGAACGGGCUUUUGUCUGGUUCCUGGGCUAUAUGUUCAAGUACAUCGACCAAACAAACAUUAGCAAUGCCUACGUGUCUGGCAUGAAAGAGGAUCUCAGCCUGUUUGGCAACGAGUUGAAUUAUUUUACCACGUUCUUCAACAUCGGAUACAUGAUCAUGCUAUACCCUUCAUGCAUCAUCAUCUCCCACUUUGGCCCAUCAAAGUGGCUUCCAGCUUGCGAGCUCAUUUGGGGCGUUCUAACAUGCUGCUUGUCGGUCGUCACGAGCUCCAAACAGGUUUAUGGCCUCCGAUUCCUCAUCGGCCUAUUUGAAGGCACCGCAUGGCCGGGAUACUUCACACUCAUCAGCCAGUGGUACAUGCCCCACGAAGUAGCUCUACGCAUGAGCCUCUACAACAUCGCCCAGCCCGCGGGCGCCAUGCUGUCCGGUGCGAUGCAGGGCGCGCUGUCUACCAACUUUGAAGGCGUUGCCGGGAGGUCAGGCUGGCGGUGGGCCUUCAUCAUCAAUCCCGAACGUCCCAAUCCGCUUUCAAAGUUCUACAUGACGGACCGUCAUAUCGAGAUAGCAGUCGCGCGAGGCCGUCGAGUGGGACGUAAGCCGCAGAUUGGCAUCACCGUCAAGUCAUUCCUCCGAUGCUUCACAUUCUGGCAGCUGUGGGCUAUUGCGAUUGCAUGGCCUGUCGGUGGCAACUUCACGCCAGCCAGCUACUUCAACCUAUGGCUCAAGUCUCUAAAGAACUCGGAUGGAACUGUCAAAUACUCCGUGGCUAUGCUCAACUACCUGCCGAUAGCAGGCCAAGGUCUGCAGCUCAUCUCAGAACUCCUGUUCAGCGGCUUCAGCGGGUACUUUGGCGUUCAUCUGCCGUUCCUGCUACUUCACUCCGUAACUCAUCCCUUCCUUGCCAUCAACAUUGCCUCUCAGGUGAUCCUCAUCGUCCGGCCAAAGAACGAAGGCGCUUACAUGGCCGGCUGGUACAUGAACUACAUCGGAGCUGUUUCCACCAUGCUCCUCUGCUCUUGGGGCUCAGCACAUCUCCAGCACGAGCCUGAGGUCCGCACCGUCCUGUUCGCCAGCGGCACCGUCCUGGCCUACAUCAUGAGCGCCUUCAUACCCAUUGCCGCGUUCCCUGCUUCGGAGGCUCCCAACUGGCGCAUCGGAUCAAAGCUGUAUCUCGCAUUUGCACUCGUGUCUGUGGUGAUCUUCAUCGGGAUCCAUUUCGGAUUCAGGUGGGAAGAGAAGAAGCAGCAGAAAGAGGCUGUGAAGGAGGAGCUGGCUGGCGAGCCAGACGACGCGAAUGCAGGGGUCAAGACCGUGAGCCUGGAGACAGAGAAGUAG